ACGCCUUCGUGACACAGACUGACGGGAUAUGUAGUCCUGAAACAAGCUGCGGCGCAAGCGCCUUAUUCCCGGCCCAGUUGCCUAUUGUUUGGAAUUUUUUUGUGUGUAAAUUGAUUUUUAAGUAGACGGUCAAAACCUUUACACACAACCCUGAUUGCUUGUUGCAUGGAACAUUCGGCACAGAGCGAGUGCGACUUUCUAAAAAGCCGCCACUAAAGAGAUCAGCGUGUCCUUUUCAAGGAGAACGAGAAUGGAGGAGGAGGAGUAGGACGGCACGCCAAGGGCGGUGAAUACCAAGAGCUGUUUUUAGAAGUGAAAUAACUCCUGCAGGGACAUGUUUCACAACCUCCAUUCAAUGACCAGAAUUGUAAAGCAGUAAUACAAAAAUGGAGCUGUCUGGGAAAAGCAUGGAACUGCACUCAUUGUGGUCAUUUACAAGGUAGACAGCCAUGGAGCAAAGGAAGGUCAUCAUCAAAGAAGAGGAUUGUGACUGGGAACGUGUCCAUUCCAAAGAGGGCCUCUGCCUGAAGCAAGAGGAUUCUGAAUGGGAACCUCCAAUUAAAAUGGAAGUAACUGAUGACACAGACAUCAACCAUGAGAUGCAAAACCUUGAGUAUCCAAAUAUUUCUAAGGAAGAUGUGUCUUUUGAGAAUGAUUCCAGUUUAAGGACAGGUCAAGUAGUAAAAACAGAAGUGACUGAUUUUAGACCCAUUCAUCAUUUAAUAGACUCAAAAUGCUUUCCUCAGCAGCGUUAUGUCAAUGUUAAGACUGAACCGGCAGAAUUUGAGGACAAUUUUAACAAGGCAAUGUAUUAUAGGAGAGAAGAGCCUGAACAGCCAUCACUUGCAAUGCACACUGGAAAGUCAGAUUUAAAAGAAAAGAGUAGCUGUUCCGCACCCUCCUUUGUUCAGAAUGGUCUUCAGUGCAGAGUUCAAAGAAAACCACAUGUCAAAAAAAAGAAAAAGUCGGUGGCAACGUUGGACGUCUUGGAAUCUCUGCCGUUGCAAUAUGGUUCUUUACCUGUGGAGAAACUGACAAAAAUAACUGCCCUGCAGAUUCAGAAUAAAUGCACGCAGAGUGCAAAUCCAACGUCAAUGUUUAUCUGCCAAGACUGUGGGAAAAGCUUUAAAUGGAAAUCUCAUUUUAAGGCACAUCAGAGCAUUCACAGUACAGAGAAGCCAUACUGCUGUUCUGAAUGCGGGAAGUCAUUUUCACAUAUAAGCAACCUUCAAAAGCACACACGAACUCACACAGGUGAGAAACCCUAUUGCUGUUCUGAGUGUGGUAAGAGAUUCUCACGCAGAGGCAAUCUCCAGUCCCACACAAGAAUUCACACAGGAGAGAAGCCUCAUUGUUGCUCUCAAUGUGGCAAGCGAUUCUCACGCAGAGGUCAUCUUCAGGCACACACAAGAAUCCACACUGGAGAAAAACCAUACUGCUGUCCUGAAUGUGGCAAACGAUUCUCCCAUGUGGGCAGUCUUUACACUCACAAAAGGAUUCACUCUGGAGAGAAGCCACAUUGCUGCUCUGAAUGUGGCAAGCGAUUUUCACAUAUAAGCAAUCUUCAGAAACACUCGAGAAUUCAUAUUGUGGGGAAGCCACAUAUCUGUGCUGAAUGUGGCAAACGAUUCUCUUACAUCUGUGCCCUUCAAGUCCAUACUCGAAUGCACACUGGAGAAAAGCCGUAUUGCUGUCCAGAAUGUGGCAAGCGAUUUUCUCUCAUAAGCAAUCUUCAUAGUCACCGGAAAAUUCACAGUGGAGAGAAACCACAUUCUUGUGUUGAAUGUGGCAGACGAUUCUCAUGCAGUGGCAGUCUGAAGAGGCAUACAGUAAUUCAUACUGGAGAGAGGCCACACUGCUGUGAUGAAUGUGGAAAGAGAUUCUCACGCAUCAGCAGUCUCCAGAGACACACAAGAAUUCACACGGGAGAGAAACCGUAUUGCUGUUGUGAAUGCAGUAAAAGAUUCACAGAUAGACGACAACUCAAGAGGCAUCAUCGUAUUCACGUGGGGCAAAAGAUGGAACUCUGUGCGAAGAUGGACUCUGUCUGAUUAAAAUGAUUUGAAAGAAUGCAGCAUAUGAUGGCCACUGUCAUGCAGAUUGUUUUGUCUUGCCCCAUAUUUAAACUGAAUUUGCAGCUCAUCAGGAAGUAUUACAAGACCUCAGUUAUUUCAAGCUUCAACAUUAUUUAAAGGAACUUGAGCAUUAUUUGUUUUUCUUUUUAAAGUACUAAAAAAAUGGAAAAUCAGUGCUAAGAAAGACUAAGGGGCAUAAAAGAAAUAUUGUGAUCAGUUAGAAAAUGAAAGUAAAGUAUCAGUUUGUGUUUCAUGUGCUGACCUUGCAGAUGAUUCCAGUUCUGAAUUGUGUGUCAUACAUUGAGUAUGUCUGUAACGUGCACUCUAACUUAUCAAUAAAAAAUGUAUUUUAAUUUCA